CGCGCUCCGGAGCACCCGGUUGGCCAGGCCCGAGUGGGCCCGAGGCGGACGUGAGCGCGGCCGGACCAAGAUGGCGGUGCAGGUGGUACAGGCGGUGCAGGCGGUUCAUCUGGAGUCGGAUGCUUUCCUGGUUUGUCUCAACCAUGCUCUGAGCACAGAGAAGGAGGAGGUGAUGGGGCUGUGCAUAGGGGAGUUGAAUGAUGACACAAGGAGUGACUUCAAAUUUACAUAUACCGGAACUGAAUUGCGCACAGUUCCUGAAAAGGUUGACACCGUCAGAAUUGUUCACAUUCAUUCUGUCAUCAUCUUGCGACGUUCUGAUAAGAGGAAGGAUCGAGUGGAAAUUUCUCCAGAGCAGCUGUCUGCAGCCUCAACAGAGGCAGAGAGGUUGGCUGAACUAACAGGUCGCCCCAUGAGAGUUGUGGGCUGGUAUCAUUCCCAUCCCCAUAUAACUGUUUGGCCUUCACAUGUUGAUGUUCGCACACAAGCUAUGUACCAGAUGAUGGAUCAAGGCUUUGUAGGACUUAUUUUUUCCUGCUUCAUAGAAGAUAAAAACACAAAGACUGGCCGGGUACUCUACACUUGCUUUCAAUCCAUACAGGCCCAAAAGAGCUCAGAGUCCCCUCAUGGUCCACGAGACUUCUGGAGUUCCAGCCAGCACAUCUCCAUUGAGGGCCAGAAGGAAGAGGAAAGGUAUGAGAGGAUUGAAAUCCCAAUCCAUAUUGUGCCUCAUGUAACCAUUGGGAAAGUAUGCCUUGAAUCAGCAGUCGAGCUGCCCAAGAUCCUGUGCCAAGAGGAGCAGGACGCAUAUAGGAGGAUCCAUAGCCUUACGCAUCUGGACUCAGUAACCAAGAUCCAUAACGGCUCAGUGUUCACCAAGAACCUGUGCAGCCAGAUGUCAGCAGUCAGUGGGCCUCUCCUGCAGUGGCUGGAGGACAGACUGGAGCAAAACCAACAGCAUUUGCAGGAGUUGCAACAAGAAAAGGAAGAGCUUUUGCAAGAACUGUCUUCUCUAGAAUAAACCAGGAGACCAAUGGGGAAAAAUGAAAUUAUCCAGGUAUAAAAUUAAUUAAGCUAAAUCAGUUUUGAAGAAGUUGGAAGACUCACAUUACCUGACUUGCAGACUUACUAUAAAGCUACAGUAAUCAAGACAGUAUGGUAUAUGUGCAACUGAUUUCGACAAACGUGUAAAAGCAAUUCAAUGGAGUGAGGAUAAAUAGUCUUUUCAACAAGCUAUGCUGGAGCGAUUUACACCCAUAGGCAAAAAAAUGAACUUUGGCCUAAGCUGCACACCUUAGACAGAAAUUAAUUCAAAAAAUAUCAUGGAUUUAGAUAGAAGAUGUAGAACUAGAAAUCUUUUAGGGAAAAAACAAUCAGAGAAAAAUCAUGAGUUCUUGGCCUCCACCACAAAAGCACAGUCCUAAAAGGAAAGGACUGCUACAUUGGACUUCAUCAAAAUGAAACACUUUUGCUCUGUAAAAAAUUUAAGAGGCGGAAAUUAUUGAGGGAAAUUAUUUGCAAACAAUAUAUCUGAUCAAUCUAGACUAUAUAAAAUCAACAAUAAAAACCAUCCAUUUAGAAAGUGAGCAAAAGACACGCAUAGACAUUUCGCUAAAGAGGACAUGUGGAUGGCAGGUAAGCACACGAAGAUAUUAGUCAGGAGGGAACGCAAAUUAAAACCACAAUGAAUUACAAUUACACAUUUAUCAGAAUGGCUGAAGAAGAAAUAGUAAAAAUACCAGAUGCUGUUGAGCAUACAAACCAGAUAUCUCAUACAGUACUUGUAGGAAUGUUAAAUGGUACAGCUUCCCUAGAAAAGAGUUUGGAAAUUUCUAACAAAGUUAAACACACAUGUGUCAUACAGCCCAGCAGUUGCACUCCUGGACAUUCAUCCCCCAGAAGUGAGACCCUAUGUUGGCACAAAAACUCGUACACCAAUGUUCUUAGCAGCUUUAUUUAACAGCUAAAAACUGGAGACAACCCAGCUGUCUUGCAACUGAGUGAGUGAUUAAAGCAAGCACCUGUACCAUGGAAUACUGCCCUGCAAUUGAAGAAAAACAGACGACUAUUGAUCUACACAACUUGGGUGGACCUCAAGGGUAUUACGAUGAAUGAAGAAGCCAGUUUGAAAAUGUCACAUACUCUGUGACUGCAUUCUUGUAAUGGCAAAACUAUAGAAAUGAGGAACAGAUUCACGUUUGCCAGGGUAGGGACUGGAGGAGGUAUGAGAUACGUGCGACUGUAAAGGGAUCGACCUAGGGAGUUCCUUUGUGCCAAUGAAAUAAUUCUGUAUCUUAAUUAUGGUGUUGAUUACAUUAUUCGUGCUAAAACUACAUAGACCCACAAAUGAAUGCAUGUAAACUCUGAUGAAACCAAAUAAGGUCUAUAGUUUCGUUAGCAGUAUUGUACCAUCAUCAAUAAUGCUCGUUUUGAAGUUGUACUAAUCAUGUAAGAUCUUAACCACUGGAGGAAACUGGGUGAAGGGUACAUGGGACGCACUGUACUAUUUUUACAAUUUCCUGUAAAUCUAUAGUUAUUACAAAAUAAAAAGUUAGAAGUAUUAAAUAAGGAA